UGGACUUCGAUAAUUAAGUGACAUUUGCAAAACAAUAACAGAUAAAACAUUCAUUUGAGACUACACUACGCUACGAAGUCGCGGUUUGCUGCGACUUAUAAUAAUAUUAUAAAAAAAAAAAUUAGGUACAAAUACAUAAUCAAAGAAUAAAAGAGUCUUAAAGUUUGUAAAGUUAAAUUAAAGUGUGUAAAAUGCGCGGAGAGGCACCACAGUUUAAAAGAUGUUGUUUCUGCGUUCCUUUAAGGAGGGGAUUGAUUGGAUGGGGAUAUUGUAAGCUGGUCCUCAACGUGUUAACGUUCGCAUACAUAAUACUGAUAUGCUCUUUGAUUGCGCGCCUCAGUGUUUUGCGGUUUAAGGACUUCGCAAUCAUUACUGUCAUUUUUGCGACUGUGAUCACAGACACUUGUUUUAAUAUUGUCCUCGUCGUUGCCGGCCAUCGGAAAAGCGUCAAGUUGCUACGAGUAUCAUAUAUCUACAACCUGGUGUCUCUGGGUCUGGUGGUGCUGGCUCAUUGUUUCAAAAUCUACACAAACCUAUACUAUAUCUAUAAGAUGACACAAUAUAUAGGAUUCCACAUGUUCUUCAUUGUUGAUCUUAUGGUCAGCGCGGCUCUUGCGUUUGGUGUCAUUUUUGUACAAGUAUACAUGAUAUUAUUGAUACGCAGCGAGACGAUAAAACUGCAGAACCAGUCGUUAGAAAUACAGUUCUCGAAUCAUUUAGCUGGCGAGCCGCAGUGCACGCUGCACAAUGCGUCAGAACAGUGCACGGAGAAGAAACAAGUAGUGAAGAACUGUUGCCCGGACAAGCAGGGCCUGCAGAACUGUUGCACGGAAGAGAAACAAGUAGUACAGAACUGUUGCCCAGACAAGCAGGCCUUCCAGAACUGUUGCACGGAAGAGAAAGAAGUUGUGCAGAAAUGUUGCACGGAUAAGAAUCAAUUCGGGGAUAACUGUUGCACGGAUGAAUAAUAGAUUAAGAGUGUUAGACCGGUGAGCUCCAUCUUAGGCCCUGUCUUCACUUUCCAUCAGGUGUGACUACAGGUAGAGCCAAUCGCCGAUCAGUUUUUUAAUUAAAAAAAAGACUAAUAAAAAAUUAGGCGACACGACUGUUGAAUAUAAAUAAGACGUCUUAAAAUAAUAAUAAGUAAUUAAAAGUUGGUCUCGCAAUUAGGCUACUUGUCUAUGUAUAGUUUUUUCAAGGAUCCUUCCAUGUUUUUAAACAUAAUUAAAAGGAACGUAUCAUUAAUAUAAGAUUACAAUUUAUUAUAAAAGCAAAUGAUACAUACGUUUAAAAGCUCAAGAAAUUAAAUGCAGGUAAUUUUAAAUAAUACAUAAUGAAUUAUGACAAUUAGAAAAUUAUUAGCGACUAAAUCAAUAGUAUAGUUUUUUUAAGAACACGAAUAAAUAACAUAU